GAACAAAUUAAAAAGAAAGAAAUCCAAAAAAAUCCAAAAAGUCAUUCCCUCCUCUCCUUCAUUCCUCUCUCGGGGCCUUUGCCAUUUCCACAAGUCGGAAAGAAAAUGGAUUCUUAUCAUCUCUCUCCUCUCUCACUCCUCCACCGGAUCAAAGAUUCCUUCCAUUCAGCAGUUUCCGCCAUCCUGGCCAACCUCUUCUCCGCCCUCUUCACCUUCUUCUUCGCUCUAGUGGGGAGUUUGCUAGGAGCGUUGACAGGGGCUUUGAUCGGCCAAGAAACAGAGACCGGUUUCAUGAGAGGAGCCGUCGUUGGUGCUAUUUCUGGUGCUGUCUUCUCCAUCGAUGUCCUUGAGUCUUCCCUCCUCCUCUGGCAAUCCGAUGAGUCUGGUAUUGCUUGCCUUCUCUACUUGAUUGAUGUCAUUGCUAGCCUUUUGAGUGGGAGGCUUGUUCGCGAGCGUAUUGGUCCUGCAAUGCUUAGUGCUGUCCAGAGUCAGAUGGGAGCUAUGGAGUCACAAUUCCAAGACCAAACUGAUAUCUUCGGAACUGCCGUUUCAAAGGGUCUCACAGGCGAUUCUCUCGACAGGAUUCCAAAGGUCCUAAUUACAGACACCACCUCAGGGGAGGAGAUGGUCUCUUGCUCUGUAUGCCUUCAGGACUUUCAGGUGGGAGAGACUGUUAGAAGUUUGCCGCAUUGCCAUCAUAUGUUCCACCUACCGUGCAUCGACAAGUGGCUUCGGGACCACGCUUCUUGUCCCUUGUGCAGAAGAAAUCUUUGAAUUCGAACACUCUCAUCUUCUUUGUAAAUUAAGUAUAUAAAACCCAUACACACUACUAGUUGGUGUUCCUUGAUUAUUUAGGUUAUUACACAUCAAUCAUUGUCACUUGACUCAUGAUCCUGAUUUUUUAUGUAAUACUCAUUCUUAGCUU